AUGAAAUUCUUAGUAUCAUCGGAUGAUUCUGCCUCAGCUAAAAUUGUAAUAUGUGAUAGAGGUACAGAUACUUCAAAACAAGAUUCUCAACAACCAAAAUCAAUUCAAAAUUGUUUAAUUGAACCAAAAUUAAAAUAUAGUUCAAGAAUAAUACACUUGUUGAAUUAUAAUUAUGAGUACCUAAUAGCUUCAAGACUAGGAGGGAUAAUUUCAAUAUAUGAUUUUGAAGAAAUAGAGCCAAGUGAGAAUAAAGAUGAACCUGUUGAAGAUCCAUACAAGCAUUUACAUGAUUUUAAGAUACCAGUUGAAAAAAAUGACAAACCCGUUGAUCUAAUCAAAAUUGAAAAAUUAGAUAGUAUACUAGUGCCUUAUUCAUCAGGAAGAUUGUUUUUAAUUCAUGCUACUGAUUUUAACUUUGAACCACUAGAAAUCAUUUUGCCAGAUACAAAACCUAUUGAUGCUUUCACCAUAAAUCCUGAAUUUGAAAAUAUAUUUGCAUUUGGAGGUAAGGAAAAUGAUUUAAAGGUAGUGGAAUUAUAUGAUUAUAAAACUAAUAGUAAAAUAUUUCAACAAGAUUACAAGGAAGCGUUUAAACCUAAAAUAUUAUAUCAAGCCAAAAAUGUCAAAAAUGAUCAUUUAGAUUUAAGAGUACCGAUAUGGAUAACUAAUAUACUAUUUUUCAACAAUGGGUCUAAUGAGAAAUUCAAAUUAAUCACAUCUACUAGAUAUGGCCAAGUAAGGAUAUAUGACUCGACACAUGGAAGAAAACCAUUGAAGGAUUACCCAAUAUGUCAGACUCCAAUCUUGACAUUGACCUUCGCAAACGAAGAACAAUCAGAGAUAAUCAUAACCGAUACUCAUAAUUUAAUAUCAAAAUAUACGUUGGACAUAAUAGAUGAGAAAGCUUUUAAAACAAAUUCCGCAACGGCUGGAGAUAUCAUUAAACCUGUUCCAAAAUCAUUGGGUAGAUAUACUGGCGGUAAUACUGGUGCAACAAAUGCCGUUCAAAUAUUGGAAGAUAUAAUUGCAUUUGCAGGUUUAGAUCGUUAUCUUCGAGUGUUUGAUGUUGAAUCUCGUGAAUUAAUAGCUAAAGUAUACGUUGGAGUUGAAGUAAGUUCCUUAAUCAUAUUAGAUGAUGAAGACGAAGCUGAAGUUGAACAAAAAAGGAAAAGAGAUGAACAGGAACAAGAAGAUGAUGAAAUGUGGAAUCAAUUGGAUAAAAAACAAAAAGUUACCUAG